AUGUCGGAAAUCUCGGAUGACAAUGCCACCGAAACCGCUACAGUCGAACCUGCUGUUAAACGUCAACGAAUCCCAACCCAGAAAGGGUUUCAAAACACACUGUUACAAAAGACAUCGGACUUCAAUAAAGAAACAAAGGCAUUACAAAGGGCAAUCCUCUCUGUUCACGCGGCAUUGAGUGAGUCGGAAACAUCAAAGUUGAAGAGCGCAACAGCCCUUUUGGAGAAAAGUAAACAAACAUUUGAAAUCAGUCUCGGGAAUCUUAAACGUCUGUUCGAACAAGAUAGAUGGAAAGAAACUGUUGACGUGGAGCCCGUUGUAGAGCGAACAAGUUACACCCAUAUUCAACAAGCAGAAGCCACAUUAUUGGAGGCGGCUAAAAAGCUUAAUAGCGAGACUAAAGAAACGUCUUCGAAGAGAUCUGGACGUUCAGCUUCGGGGCACUCGGGUAGAUCUAUGCGAUCUCGCGCACCGUCAACUUCUGCCCGGAUAGAGGCCUUGGCAGAUGCAGCGGCAGCAAGACGUCAAGCCGAAUAUGAUUUAUUGAUGGCUGAGAAAGAAAACGCGAGAAAACAAAAGGAUGCACAUGACGAAAGAGAGAGAGCAGCCGCGAAAGCACAACACGACCACGAUAUUGCAGUCCUAGCCGCUAGAAAACUUACAGCCGUGGCAGAAGCAAAACUAAAUGCCAUCGAACGAACUAUAUUAAACGAAAUAUCCUCUCCAAGCAAACUUGACGAAGACACAAGUGCCACUUCGAGACAACGUACCAAAACGUGGGUGCAAGACCAGCAACAAAACGUGGCUCCAGACACUAAUCUAACCAAUGUCACCAGUAGGAGAAAGCUCGGCGUUCGAUUUGAUGAUCAGCCUCGUCAGACGGAUCCAAUUGCGACUGAUCCUGGUUCAGAGCAGUUACCACAACAAAUCCCCAUCGGUUCCCACUAUCCACAACAUACCCUCGAGUACACACACUAUCCACAACAUACCCUCGAGUACACCCACUACCCACAACAUACCCUCGAGUACACCCAUCAUCCCCAUCAUCCACAACACAACCCUGUUCAACCUUACCCACCGUAUACAACCGUGGAACACGACCCAGCUACAGUGGUAAACGAAUGUUUGGGGGCCGUCGCAGCAACCAACGAUAAAUUGACCGCCAGUUUAGCAAGAAUAAGUCUUCCUAAAUGUCACCCCGAUAUAUUCUUCGGCGAUGCGACUAUGUUUCAUCCGUGGAAAGGCUCUUUCAAGGGUAUGAUUAGCGACUCUGAGAUAACCGCAGAACAAGAGAUGAACUAUUUGCACAUGUACACUAGGGGAGCACCACAGAAAUUGGUGAACAGUUUUCGCAAAAGACAAUAUGGCGACUCGAACAAGUUGUUGAAAGAACUCUGGGUGGAGCUAGAAAAUCGUUUUGGCAACGUAGCGAUCAUAACCAAUACACUACUGACGCGAUUGAAAGAGGCUGCAAAAUUCACUGACAGGGAUAAGAAAAGUCUGCAGGCGUUUUCAGAUCUGUGUAUCGAUGUGUCUUCCCAGAUUAAGCAACUUCCUGGACUUGCCUGUCUGAACUAUCCACACACCAUCCGACCAAUUUUAACUAGUUUGCCAACAUCUAUUCGUUCAAAAUGGGAGAAACGAGUUGUGGAGUUUGCUGAAAAAAACGCUGACACUUAUCCUGAUUUCCAUGCUUUCGCCAACAUGAUGAAAAGCCAAUCUUGCUUACGGAAUCAUCCUAACGUCACAGCCACAGAUAUGCCUGGAAAGUGGAAAGAGAAACCGAAAUUCGAAGACCACCAUACCAUCUUGAAGGGAGAAAUCGAAACGGAAGAACAGGAAGAUGUUACUAAACAUUGCGCCUUCCAUGACAGACAAGGACAUAAUCUAUCAGAAUGCAGAGCUUUCGAACGUAAGACUUUGCAAGAGAAGACGGACUGGUUGAGACAAGCUGGACGUUGCUUUCGAUGCCUGCAAUCAAAACACCUAGCUAGGGAAUGUAAAGCCAGCAUUAAGUGUAACAAAUGUGGAAGCAAGCGUCACUUAGAUAUACUUCAUAUGGAGAAGUUAAAGAAGAAAGACAACACGGAAGAAGAUAUAACAUCAGCCCGUACCAACGUCAAAUGCCAACCAAUAUCUAGAGUCUCCUGUAGCAAGAUUGUGUUACUCGAAGUUUUCCAACAAGAUGAACCUGAUCACGUUAUUAAA